CCAUCACACACUCUGGGCCUGUGGUGCCACUUGUAUGUGUGUUUCUAAAUCAAUGAUGAGGGUAUCGGAACCCAUACUGGACAUGGAGAUGGCAAAUUACAGUGAAGUUUUGGACCCAACUUACACAACUUUGGAGUUUGAAACUAUGCAGAUUCUGUAUAAUUCAAAUGAUAGUUCUGUCCCAGAGACCAGUAUGAAUACUGCAGAUAAUAGUGUCAACUGUCUAUGUGCUAUAUGUGGGGACAGAGCGACAGGAAAGCACUAUGGCGCCUCCAGCUGCGAUGGGUGCAAGGGCUUUUUCAGACGCAGCAUCCGCAAGAGUCACGUUUAUUCCUGCAGGUUCAGUCGGCAGUGUGUUGUUGACAAAGACAAGAGGAAUCAAUGUAGAUACUGUCGAUUAAGAAAGUGCUUUAGAGCAGGAAUGAAAAAAGAAGCCGUGCAAAAUGAACGUGAUAGAAUAAGCACCAGAAGAAACACAUUUGAAGGCAGCAACAUCCCCUCCAUUAACACACUGGCACAAGCAGAAGUUCGGUCUCGCCAGAUCUCAGCCUCAAGCCCCGGUGCGAGCACUGACUUAAAUGUUAAGAAAAUUGCCAGUAUUGGUGAUGUCUGCGAAUCCAUGAAACAGCAGCUCUUAGUCUUGGUGGAAUGGGCUAAAUAUAUUCCUGCCUUUUGUGAAUUACCACUGGAUGAUCAGGUGGCACUUUUGAGAGCUCACGCAGGGGAACAUUUGCUGCUUGGAGCUACAAAGAGAUCCAUGGUGUAUAAAGAUAUUUUGCUUUUGGGAAACAACUACGUUAUUCACCGCAACAGCUGUGAAGUCGAGAUUAGCCGUGUGGCCAACCGGGUGCUAGACGAGCUGGUCCGACCAUUUCAAGAAAUUCAGAUAGAUGACAAUGAGUAUGCUUGUUUGAAGGCAAUUGUGUUUUUUGAUCCAGAUGCAAAAGGGCUAAGUGAUCCAGUGAAGAUUAAGAACAUGCGGUUCCAAGUGCAGCUGAGUUUGGAGGACUACAUCAACGACCGGCAGUAUGACUCCCGGGGCAGGUUUGGGGAGCUGCUCCUGCUCCUGCCCACGCUGCAGAGCAUCACUUGGCAAAUGAUUGAGCAGAUACAAUUUGUUAAACUGUUUGGGAUGGUGAAGAUUGACAACCUACUUCAGGAGAUGUUACUGGGUGGUGCUUCCAGUGAGGCUAACCAUCUCCAUCAUCCAAUGCACCCACAUUUGUCUCAAGAUCCAUUAACUGGACAAACUAUACUUUUGGGUCCAAUGUCAACACUGGUUCAUACAGACCAGAUCUCAACUCCUGAAACCCCACUUCCUUCUCCACCUCAAGGCUCUGGACAAGAACCAUACAAAAUAGCUGCCAAUCAAGCUUCAGUCAUUUCACACCAGCCUCUCUCCAAACAGAAGCAAUUGUGAGAAUAUGUUUACUUCUGAAUGGCACUGCAUAAAUGUGAAAAGUUGUUGGUCUAAAAUAUCUCAGGAUAGCACUUUUGGCAAACUCUUAGCCAAGGGUUCUUCAUGGUGCUGUUAUAAGAUGGUAUCCUGUUUUCUUGUUUAUAUGCUUAUUUUGUUUGUUGUUGCUAUUGUUUAAAACCUUUAGAUGCAACCAAUGUAUAUCUGAAUUGCAACAUGUUUAUAUGGUAUAAACUUGUACUGUGCCUGAACCAGUUGAAUCUUAUGUACUACUUUCAUUUGUUGUCUUAUUAUUAAUUUAAAUCUGUAAAUAAUUGCUUUAUGGUGAUGUGAUACGGAACUGUUCUUUUUUGACUGAAAACAGUAGAUCAGAAAUCCCAGAUUAAUAUUAAAUGAACCAAGGUUUUUUUAUAAAUUUUAAACUUGCAAAUUAAAAAAAUAAAGCAGUCGCUGUAGAUUAGGGUAUAUUUCUUUAACGAAGAAUCACUUAUGGAUAUCCCGUGGCUAAGAAGCAUCUUUUUGGCCCACAGUUAAAUAUGCCUAUUUUAAGUUUAGAAAAUUAUAAAUAGGCAUUCCAAAGAUGACUGGGUAUUCCUUGAAAUCUGCCUAUAUUUGAAGAUGUAUGUUAUAGUAAACACGUUAAUUUUAUCAGUUAGGAUACAGGCUAAACUGUAAAAAAGAAAACCUUAAAGAGAGUGGCUCAACCAAGAUAGACAUUUAUUUCCUUCUCCUAAAACAAUCUAGAAGUAGUCAUCCAUUGACUAGAACUUAGCACGUGCCCACAUCUGGUUCUCAGGGAGGCUGGGAGUGUAGCCUUUAGGUAGAAAGCCUCAUGCCAACAAAAACUGUACAUGUCUGGGCUUCUGAUAUCAGGAGACAAAUUAGCCAUCUCUCACACACGUGUUGCCUCAUUUAAUCCUCAGAGCAAUCCUGUAAGAGAGGUAUUAUUGUCUUUCUCUUAUGAAUAAAGAGAACCUUUAGCUUAGACGGUUUCAAUAAUGUAACCAAAGGUCAUUAAGCUAAAGAGUAGGAGAGCCUCACUCAAGUCCAGGUUUGGUUGACUUUAAGGAGAAUGCAUUUUUGGUAUGGAAUGAAAAUGUGGGCUUCUUACUGUGGUUUUUAAAUAUAUGCAGUAGAGUGAUGAUUGAAUAUUAUCCAUUGUGUUACCUGUUAACACAUAUAUACAUGUAAAUGAGUGUAAAUUUGUUGCAACAUGAAUAAGAAACCACUGUUGUACUUUUAAUAAGAGUCUUCCCCCUUAAAAAAAUGCUUUUGAACAGAUUAAAGAAAAUAAAAUAUAUACCAGGUAGGUUAUGAUGAAAGCAAAGACAAAUUUAAAUCACUGACUCAGUGCAUAUUUUCAAAACUCCAAUGGACUGAGGAAUAUAGUUCAUUGGAACCCAAAACUAUUUGAUAUUAUCUAAAGCUGGAGCUUCUUUAAAAACAACUGACAGGCUGCCUAAAGAGACAGUGAUGUCUCUCUCUCUCUCUCUCUCACACACACACACACACACACACACACACACACACACUUUGCUGAAGCAGGGAAAAACUGGUUUAGUAAUUAUUAAUGAUAUAAAAAGGGUCCCCCAAGCUGCAAGAGACUGAAUUAAAUGAUUUUUAAUAGAACCUUUAAAAAUUUCUAAGAUUAUGAUUUCAUAGCCCACACUUACCCUGCAAAUAAAAAGCUUCUGUUAACUGUGACUAAUUUAUUAACUCCUAAAAUGGGAAAAUGAUUACUUAGAAGCUAUCAUUGAUUUAAUAGAAUCAAUAAAAUUCCUUUCAGAGCUGGUACCUGGAAACUGUAAAAUAUAUCUUUGAGAGAGGGUGAGAAAAGAAAAAAAAAGUAACUCAUUUUAAAAAAAAUUUACCUUAGUAUCUCUAUUUCAUAAAUAAGAAUGCUUUUGAUUUUUAUAAAUGAAAAUAUAUUUGUAGUUUUCUGUUUAAUUUUUUAAUAUCUUAGAAGAUAUUAAAAAACCUUUAAAAUAUAAAAAAUAAUUCAUUUUUAGUGAACCUUCUAACUUAUCUACAUAUAUUUACUAAACAGUCAUGUUUUAGAAAUUAUUGCUAACAAAUUGGUUUUAAUAACUAUGGUCAGGGAAUGUGUAAUAUAAUAUUUUUGUAUACUUAACUGCCAAAAAUGCUGGACAAAGAGGAACUGAAGUUUUCAGCAUAUCUUCAAAAUAUUGAUAAGGAAAGUUAUUGCUUUUAUAUAGCACAAAACUUUUUUCAGGUAAUAAAAAAGGAUAAUUUAUUGUGAAAUAAUGAUUCAUUUUAUAAAUGUAAAAUUAUUUUUAUAAAUUUCAUUGUUGAAAAUCAAAAAUUACUAGAUUUUUUUAUUGUUAAAUUAUAGUGAAAUUAUAAUAUUUCUAAACUGUGAUACCAUAUUGUUUCACUGAACUUUCUAAAUAAAAAUUGAGA